GGUGUGGAGCUGAGUUCUCUGAGGGGCCUCAACUUCACCAUGAUGGAGACAGACUGUGCUGCCAGUGCUCGCCUCAACCCUGACGACUGCGACUUCAAGGAGAACGGAGCCAUCAAGGAGUGCUCAGGGACAGUGCAGCUCCUGCAGAGCUCCCCCGAGAUCGACCUGAGCUGCUCCGAUGCCUCUUCUGACCCAGUCCUGAUCCAACGCGGUCGCUUCGGACGCUUCCUGAGCAAGAUCCGGCGCUUUCGGCCCAAGAUCAACUUCAACGUCCACACGAGGGUCUCUGUGGGCUUGGGCUGA